AGGAAAUGAUUCUUGAGUCUGUGUUUCUGUGUGGCCCCUCUUGCCUUUUUGUUGCUCUGAUAAUGCUGUUUCCUCCUUGAUAACAGGGAGCAAUGUCCAGAGGGCAGGGCAGAGUCUGCUGGGCUGCUUUCUGUAAGCUUUCACUUUCAGAGGGUGAAAAGACUGGAGUGGGGUGAUUGUUCUGGUGGGAGUGCUCUGUGGGGGCCCAGGGCCAGGAUCUCUGCAGAUAUCUCUGUAAUCAGGGCUGACCCUGCUUCCUUGGCUCUCCUGGGAACCACCUGCCUCAGCGAUGGGGGACCCUGGGCCCACAGUGUCUGACCUGGAGGCAAGGACUGGGGCUCCCAGAGCAGUUAACUGCAGGUGCAAACUCUGAGGGUAGAUUUGGGAUCUGCCAGGGUCCCUGUGGCCCUGAACUUACUCAAGCUGCUGACCUUAAAGAAGCUCCAGGAAGUCACUCAAAGCUGGAACAAGGAGAAGCAGCUCUGAGGAAAUGGAGGGUGGCUCCAGUCGACCUUUGCUCUGCUGUUUCACCUCCCUGCUGCUCCUCCUUCAGCUCCACAUGUGGGGGUCUGCAGAAGAGUUCCUGGUGAUUGGUCCCACGGACCCCAUUGUGGCAGUGUUGGGCGGGGACACCACGCUGCCCUGCUUCCUGUUCCCGGCCAUGAGUGCAGAGAACAUGGAGCUGCGGUGGUUCCGUUCCAAGUUCUCAGAAGCAGUGUUCAUCUACCAGAACCAGCAGGAGCAGAAGGAGGAGCAGAUGCCACAAUAUGCAGGACGGGUCUUGCUGGUGAAGGACUUCCUCACCCAGGGGCAGGCUGCUGUGCGCAUCGACAAGGUCCAGGUUUCUGAUGAUGGGUUGUACACCUGCUUCUUCAAAAAGGGAGGCUCCUAUGAAGAGGCUACGUUGGUGGUGAAGGUGGCAGGUGUGGGCUCUGCCCCUCAAGUGCACAUUGAAGGGCCGGAGGAAGAUGGGGUCCGUGUGGUCUGUAUGGCCUCUGGAUGGUUUCUGAAGCCCCAGGUUCAGUGGAAAGACCUUACUGGAGAGAAGUUUCUAGCUUUCUCUGAGGCCCAUGCCCAAGACGCUGAUGGGCUGUUCCAUGUGGAGGCCUCGCUGGUGGUGAGAGACAGCUCUGUGGGGAACGUGACCUGCUCCAUCCUCAACCCCAUCCUGGGCCAGGAGAAGACGAAGGCUAUUUUCAUUCCAGAGCCCUUCUUCCCUCAGGCUUCUCCCUGGAAGCCGGCUUUUGCCAUGAGCCUGACUGUCCUGGGGCUUCUCAUCCUUGGGGCUGGCUAUUUUCUCAAGAAGGAGCACUCAGCAAAGGUACAGGCCCAGCAGGAACAGGAGAAUCUUCGGCUGCAUAAGGAGGAGGACAGGCUGACAAAACAGGAGGCACUGAAGGCAGCUGGAGCCGUGGAGGCUCAGAUGGACUGGAGGAAGAAGGUUUACCAGGCUGCCUGGAGAAAGGCCCAGCUGUAUGCAGAUUGGCGGAAAGAGCAGUUCCAGAUCUGCUCUGUCACUCUGAACCCACGUUCUGCCCAUCCCAACCUGUCCAUCUCUCAGGAAAAGACAAGUGUGACCUGGAAGGACAUCUGUGAGAAGCAGAAUGAUGACAGAUGCAGUGUAUUGGGUCUCAAGGGCAUCACUUCAGGGCGAUGUUACUGGGAGGUGGAGACCAGCUAUGAAGAUAAAAGCGAAUGGGCUGUGGGUGUCUGUAGGGAAGAUGUCGACAGGAACGACUGGUUCAGAGAGUGCCCAGACAAGGGGUUCUGGGUUGUGGGAUGGUUUGAAGAGGGAUAUUGUGCCCGUACUACUCCUCAGACAUGGCUAAGCCUUAGGCAGGCUCCCUGCAGGAUGGGGAUUUUCCUAGACUAUGAUGGCGGGGAUAUCUCUUUCUACAACAUGACUGAUGGGUCCCACAUUUUCUCCUUCUCUGAGGCUUCCUUCUCUGGGACCCUCUUUCCAUAUUUCAUGUUUAAGUCAGGAGACAUAUCCCUGACUAUCUGCUCCAUGGUCGGUGGGCCCAAGGGGCUCCCUGUGCCCUUUAACAAAGCUCCUUCUACUUUGAAUGAGCCAGUGAGCCCUUCAGGGGAGGGGUUGAGCUCUGCCUCUGGUGGGGAUGGUGUUCUCCCAGGGCCUGAAUCUCCAUUACUUCCCCAUGGCUCCAAGGCUGUGCCUCCAUAGGGACACAUAUCUGUCCCUGUUUCCUCACUGUGGCUCUUUUUGGAGCUGCAGACUCCCCAAGGUGAAAGACUCUGAGGUGAGUGCUGGAAGGCACUGGGAGUCAUGCCUUUGUGCUUUUGGAUACAGACUACUGAGGGAGUGUGAGGCUCUGAGAAUUGCCAGUUCUUGCCUUGUGUUUGUAUAGCUAGAAGAAAAAAAGCUGACUUGUUUGAGCUGAUUGACUGUAGGUAGAAUUUGGCUAUGGGAGGUUGUUUUCCUUUGAUAAUGAAAAAUAAACUUUGUGAACACUUUAUACUUUUUGUAUAUGAAAGAACAGGGGCUGUAUCCUUCUGCAGUGUAGAGUAUGUUUUAUCGAACUUGAUUUUGUGCAGAGUGUAUGGCCCUAGUUCUAUUAUGGGGGGUCUAGGCAAUCUGGAAAGCCUGGUGGCAUAGUGGUGAAGAGUUUGGCUGCUAACCAAAAGGUCAGCAGUUCAAAUCCACCAUGUGCUCCUUGUAAACCCUAUGUGGCAGUUCUACCCUCUCCUAUAGGGCUGCCAUGAGUUGGAAUCGACUCAAUGGCAGUGGGUUUUUGGGGUUAGGCAAAGUGUCCAGAAAAUGUGCAUAUUUAAAAAUUUCCAGGGAAAUGGUUGUUUGAUGGACUUCUAGAUGAAAGAAGUAUAACAUUCACUUUAUGCACUUAUUCUUGAAUGGCUGAAACACACCUACUUUCCCAAAUGUUCUGUACAUUUUUGUUACUCAUGAACAUACUGUGUUGUGUUAAUUUAGGAAAUUAAGAAGUACCUGGCUCUUCUUUUGGUCAGCACUAGGGGGACUGAAGAGAAUUGCUAGCCAAAUUAAGAUGUACAUGGACAAGAGAAUUUUUAGGAGCAGGAAAUUGCAGAGAGCCUUGGUGUGAGCAUUGUGUCAGUUGUUAGUGUAUUGCCUCUUAGUACUUCCAAGUCCAAUGCUCGUGGUAAAUGGAAAGUCAGAGCAACAAAAAAGGGACAGGACUAUUGAGCACUGAGACUCUUCAGGAAUGAAGGUGCGAUCAUUCUACCAGGUAAAGAACUCUCAGCAGCUGAGGUUCUUGCUGCCGGUGGGGGAAAGAAGGGAUGGGAAGUAGAAGAUGGAAGUCAAAGGUAUCAACUCUAAUUUUGUGGCCAGCUGCAGAAACAAGGAGUAUAACAGCUUUGCAUAUUUUAUCUUUGGUUUUCAUGCGUACAUGUUUAUUUGUACAUAUAGACCAUUUUCUUCUUUUCUCCCCUUCUCCCCUCUAUUGUUUUAUGUACAAGUUGUUGGUGGUUAUGUUUAUUAUACAGAAUAUGAUAACAGAAUAUCCAUUGGAACUGUGACAGAAUUUAAGAAGUACAUAAUAUAGUGGUGAUAGAUAUAAUGACUGGAAGUUUUUUGGGAAAAUGGUGAGAACGUCUUCUCCUGUAAGGACAUCUUUGCCUUGAUAGGUGAAGACAUAGUUUUGUUGCAUGGAAUUACCAAUGUGUGUAAAAUGGAGUAUAUGGAAGCCGAGUAGCCAAAGUGGCUGUUAUCAAUUUAUUGCCUCUCAUUUCCAAAUUCACACUGUCUUUGCCCUGCUUUGUGAUACUGCAGCUGGACCUGUAAACAUUUCUUCCUUGUAAAUGGGCACGAUGUUAGACCUUGUCAGGACCCUGGGAAUACACUGCAAAACAUAGCAGAGGAGGAACGUCCCUUCCUGGUUCUGAGCUUUUCUUCUUGAUCCUAUAGUGUGAAGGCCCAGUUUGCUCACCUUUUGGUGAAUUUGUCUGGUAUUGCAGCAUGUUGCUUUCCAGGAAGUCUUAAUAACACCCGGGGUUGGGGGAGCUUCCCAGGGACUCCUGACACCAGCCCUGGCCUGUGGCAUAUUAGCAAACUUCUUCAUCAUGCAAUGGCCCCCGGUCCCUCUUUUUCCAAUGAGGUCUGAAUGUCAUGCUUGGGAGGGGACCCUCUCCCAAAUGUCUUCCUUUUAUGUGUUUUCUUCCUUAGCCCCAAAGGUAGUGGUUUUUCCAUACAGCUGCUAUUUCUGUUUUGUUUAGAGCUUUCUUUUACCUCUUAGUAGUUAAGAAACUUUUCCUAGUUAACAAUUUUUUUUUGACUCAUUGGUUGUUUAAUAUUGUGUUGUUAAACUUCUAGAUAUUUUAUAUAUUCCAGUUUUCUUUUUAUUAUUAAGUUCUAGCUUCAUUCCACUGUGGUCCAAAAAGAUGUUUUGUAUGAUUUCAAUCUUUUGUUUUUUUUAUUAUUGUACUUUAGAUGAAGGUUUACAGAACAAACUAACUUUUCAUUGAACAGUUAGUACACAUACUGUUUUGUGACAUUUGUUACCAGCUCCACGACAUGUUAACACUCUCCCUUCUCUAUCUGAUUUCAAUCUUUUUAAAUUUAUUGAGGCUUGCUUCGUGCUAUAUGAUACGGUGUAUGCUGGAGAGUGGUGUAUAUGCACUGGAGAAAAAUGUAACUGUGCUGGUAGUUAACAAUUUUUUGUAUUAAAAUUUUCUGUGUUCAAAUGACUGAUAUGGUUUCACUCUCCUUACUGGACUCUGACUGAUAUAAGCCUGUAAACCAUAAUAUCACUUAGAGAAGGGCACAGAAUUUCUUACAGUGUGUGGAAAAGGGUACUUAAGGGACUUAAAUAUGUAUGAAAAAGUUUCACUCCCACAGUAAUGUCAUGGGCAAUAUAAUUAUUGGGGGCUUUUUUGAGUUUUAAGUAUGCUCUAUUCUCUCUAUGUGUUAAUAUAAGGAUCUUUGGUGGUGCAAUGUUUAAGUGCUUGGCUGCUAACUGAAAGUUCAGCAGGUCGAACCCAUCAGCAGCUCUGUGGGAUAAAAGACCUGCUGAUCUCCUCCUGUAAAGAUUAGAGCCUAGGAAACCUUAUGGGGCAGCUGUACUCAGUCCUAUACAGUGAUUAUGAGUAGGAAUGAACCGGACAUCACACAACAACAGCAACAACAACAACAACCUGUGUUAAUAUAAUAUCUCUUCCGAGGUUCAUCCUUCAGCCAAAGAUUAGACAGGCCCAUUAAACAAAAUGAGACUAAGUGGGCACACCAGCCCAGAGGGAAGGACGAGAAGGCAGGAAGGAACAGGAAAGCUGAUAAUGGGGAACCCAAAGUCUAGAAGGGGAGAGACUCGGCAUGUAUUGCGCUUGGCAACCAAUGUCACAAAAGACUAUGUGUAUUGAUUGUUUAAUGAGAAACUCAUUUGCUCCGUAAACCUUCAUUUAAAGCACACAAAAAAAAAUUAGAUUAAAAAGAAAAAGAUCAACAGCCCAAGGCUGAUUCCUAUGAGGCAGAGGUCAGACAUACCUCUUCUCCCCACCAUCUUUAUCAGCUCUGACACGAGUCACCCUCCCACAGCAUUCUCUACUUCCCUCCUGAGUUCGAUAAUUCAUCGCAAUGGCCACACAGAACUCACAGACAAUACUCAGGAUCAUGGAGUGUCUUAACCAUCUACUGUUACUAUAAAAGAAAUACCACAAGUGGGUGGCUUUAACAUACAGAAAUUAAUUUUCUCACAGUUUAGGAGGCUAAGAGUCUGAAUUCAGGAUGCCAGCUCCAGGGGAAGGUUUUCUCUCUGUCAGUUCUGGAGGUAGGUCCUUGUCAUCAAUUUUCCCCUGAUCUAGGAGCUUUUCAGCUCAGGGACCCGGGUCCAAAGAAUGUGCUCCAUUCCUGGUUCUUCAUUCUUGGUGGCAUGAGGUCACCCCGUCCCUCUGCUCACUUCUCUGUUUUAUAUCUCAAAAGGGAAUGACUUAAGACAAAACCUAAUCUUGUAGAUUGAGUCCUGCCUCGCUAACAGAACUGCUUCUAAUCCUGCCUCAUUAACAUCAUACAGGUAGGAUCCACAACACAUAGGAAUAGCACAUCUGAUGACAAAAUGGUGGCUAAUCACAGAAUCCUGGGAGUCAUGGCCUAGCUAAGUUGAAAGAUGUUUUUGGGGGACCCAAUUCAAUCUAUGACUUGGGGCUUAUUAGGGAAGCAACAGUUGCAAUUCUGGCUCAGGAACAGUCAAGGAUACAGUUCUUGCAUUAGGACAGUCUCUUCCUAGCCAUGCUCAGAGGCACGCCACUCCCUGGCCUUAGGCCCCUGCCCAAAGGCACUGAGCUUUCUGGCUUAGUGGGCGGGGAAUCCCAUCACACAGUCUUCUGCUGCCAUGUCUCUGCUGCUGGGUCUCUCCUGCUGCCACUUCUCUCUGUCUUCAGGGUUACAGUUUGUGCUCUGCUCCUGGGUUCAGGGGCUUCUCAACACAGGAAUCCUAGGUCCAAAUGAUGUGUUGGCUCCUGGCUGUUCUUCCUUGGUGGUGGUGGGAUCUUCUCCCUCCCUCCUCUGGGAUGGCUCAUUUCAAGCCCAAUGGGAUGGCAAAACUGACCAAUCCAUAUUGGGAGCCACAAUUACCCAAUCACACAGUCCCACCCAGUCACUUAGAGUUACACUACCAUGGCUAGAAAGGCCACACAAAAGUGAUCUUUUGUACCACAGAGUGAUAUUUUUAGAUAGGUGGACCAACUGACUAAGCAAUUUCAGAAAAAAAUAAUUAAAGUCUUCACUAACAGUAGCACUUUGUCAGAAUUAAGUGACUUACACAUUACCUAUGUGUACACUUUGUAAUGAGUUUAUCUUGGACAUUCUAUUCAUUAAAGCUGCAAGAUGCUUUUUUGAGCUUUUUAUUCUUGUUGUUGUUGAGGAAAGCAUUUAAUUGUACAUGAAGUAGACUUAUUUCCCAGACUGCUUUCAUUGCAUCCGUAUUCUGUGAUGCAGACCUUCUGAGUUUUAAUCUUCCAUUUAUCUUUGUGCUAGAGCAGAGCUCCCCCACGUGUCUGUCAGUUUGUCGUACUGUGGGGGCUUGCGUGUUGCUGUGAUGCUGGAAGCUAUGCCACCAAUAUUCAGAUACCAGCAGGGUCACCCAUGGAGGACAGGUUUCAGCUGAGCUUCCAGACUAAGACAGGCUAGGAAGAAGGACCUGGCAGUCUACUUCUGAAAAGCAUUAGCCAGUGGAAUCCUUAUGAAUAGCAGUGGAACAUUGUCUGAUAUAGUGCUGGAAGAUGAGCCCCCCAGGUUGGAAGGCACUCAAAAGAUGACUGGGGAAGAGCUGCCUCCUCAAUGUAGAGUCGACCUUAAUGAUGUGGAUGGUGUAAAGCUUUCAGGACCUUCAUUUGCUGAUGUGGCACAACUCAAAACGAGAAGAAACAGCUGCAAACAUCCAUCUUUGGUUGUUUCCUGGCUUUGACCUUAUCCUUGACCAUAUCUUAGUACUAUCUCAACUAUUUUCUAUUAAAUCUUUUAUUUAGGUUGUUAAGGAAAAUGACUUAAAACUGCCCUGUAUGAUGUUAGCCACUUCUGUCUUUAACUCAGCAUGCUUAUUUCAAACUGCCUUUCCUGGUGGACAAUAAAUACUUCAUCCCUCAAAAUACUCGUUGAAACUGUUUUGUACCCAGUCCUUCAUUGACUGAAUAAAUUCUUUGAUUUCUGUAAUUGUCUGAGAGUCAUAUU